AUGGGAAAUAGCCCAAUUCCUAGCUACCUAAAAGAAAAAACGUGCAACUGCAAAAUCAAAGUUCAAGAUAAAGAGAAGGGAGGGAAUGUUGUGCUUCUAUAUGCUUCUAUGCAUCAUGAUGUUCAGACAGUCAUCAAUCUGUCUGGCUGUUAUAAUCUAAAGGAAGGCAUUGCAGAGCGCUUGGGAAAGGACUUCGAGGCAGCAAUCAAGAAAUAUGGCUACAUUGAUGUUAAAAACGUAGCAGGGAACUUUGAUUACCUUGUUACCGAGAAAAGUUUAAUGGAUCUACUUGCUACAAACAUGGAUGAAGCAUACCUUCAAAUUGACAAAAAUUGCAGGGUAUUGACAGUUCAUGGGUCUGCUGACAUUAUUUCAUGGGAAGAUGCUCUCGAAUUCAACAAGAAGAUUUCAAACCACAAGUCACAUAUCAUUCAAGGAGCCACUCAUUGCUAUAUUUCACACCAAGACGAGUUAACGACUGCCGUCUUGUCAUUCAUAAAGGAAGAUCAGCUGCAGAAUUAGUAUACCAGGCCGUUACUUGGGAUGCCACCCUCAUUUUGAAAUUCUGGCUUUACAUAACUUGUUGAGCUGGCUGUUACAAUCUAACUCAUUUUGAACUUCUGUCUCUAAGAGCUGGUUGUUACAGUCUAACUUGUCCAAUUCAAACUAUCGGUAAUUCAUAGAAUUACUAGGAAGAUUUACAUCUAACAGGUUUAAUUCAUUGUCAUAUCCUCAACUCCCAGUCGAGUACCACUUUCUUAGAUUCAGCAGUUUGACACAUAGCUUCUUAUGUAAUCAAUUGUAAGUUUGAUGCUUGUGAGGAUAUCCAUUUGUGAGCAAAGUAGGGUUGAUUUUUGGAAAUAUGAAUGCCUUUCCUCUGCAAAA